GGGCGUGGCCGACAGCUAGCAGCCGAUGAUGUUGUAACAGUCAAGUUUGUGUGGUUAUCUGGCUGUUCGUGUGAGCUCUCUGCUGGCUGUGUGACAGUAUGCACGGUAGAGUACAGUAAGAAAGAAGAACAGCGUUUUCGGCACCCUGGGCAUCUGACGGUUUGUAGGGCUCUCUCUAACCGUGUGGAGUUUGCGUUGAAGCUGAGCAGACGGGGGCUGAAAUGCGAACGUAGCUGUUAGCAAGCGAGCCAGGCCGCGGAGAAGUGGCUGGCUGUAUCCUUCAUCCAGACAGGCAGGAGCAUAAAUGUCGCACACAGACCGGUCUGCCGACGUGGUUGACGACGCCGGGGAAGAUGCGCAAAGACGUGAGGAUAUUAUUAGUGGGAGAGCCCAAGGUGGGGAAGACCUCUCUCAUCAUGUCACUGGUCAGCGAGGAGUUCCCAGAUGUGGUUCCCUAUCGAGCUGAAGAAAUUACCAUACCGGCUGAUGUUACACCGGAGAGAGUUCCCACACACAUUGUGGAUUACUCUGAGGCAGAGCAGACGGAUGAGCAGUUAUUUCAGGAGAUUUCCAAGGCAAAUGUGAUUUGCAUUGUCUACGCUGUCAACAACAAGAAGUCUAUAGAGAAGGUGACGAGCCACUGGAUCCCCCUCAUUACAGAGAACACAGACAAGGACAGCAGGGUUCCUCUGAUCCUGGUGGGGAACAAGUCUGAUUUGGUGGAGCACAGCAGCAUGGAGACCAUACUUCCCAUUAUGAACCAGUACAGUGAGAUAGAGACUUGCGUUGAGUGUUCAGCAAAGAACCUGAAGAACAUCUCAGAGCUUUUCUACUAUGCUCAAAAGGCAGUUCUCCACCCCACAGGUCCCCUCUACUGUCCAGAGAAAAAAGAUAUGAAGCCACUUUGUGUAAAAGCUCUCACUCGAAUCUUCAAAGUGUCAGACCUAGAUAACGAUGGUAAUCUCAACGACAACGAGCUCAACUUUUUUCAGCGGACGUGCUUCAACACCCCCUUGGAGCCUCAGGCGUUAGAGGAUGUAAAAAAUGUGGUGAGGAAGAAUUUAAUUGAUGGCGUGUGUGACAACGGCCUCACUCUUAAAGGAUUUUUGUUUCUCCACACGCUGUUCAUUCAGCGAGGACGCCAUGAAACAACCUGGACAGUACUCAGGCGAUUCGGAUAUGAUGAUGACCUGGAGUUAAAUCAGGACUAUCUCUUCCCUCCGUUGAAAAUUCCCCCGGACUGCACUACUGAGCUCAACCAUAAUGCCUACCUCUUCCUCCAGAGCGUCUUUGACAAACACGAUAAGGACCGUGACUGCGCCUUGUCACCAGAGGAGCUGAGGGACUUGUUUGAUGUUUUUCCCUACAUGCCCUGGGGGCCAGAUGUCAAUAACACAGUUUGCACUAAUGACCAAGGCUGGAUCACCUACCAGGGGUAUCUCUCACAGUGGACGUUAACAACUUAUCUGGAUGUCCAAAGAUGUUUGGAGUAUUUGGGGUAUCUUGGUUACUCAAUAAUUGCUGAGCAGGAGUCCCAAGCUGCAGGAAUUACAGUGACCAGGGAUAAGAAGAUUGACCUGCAGAAGAAGCAGACCCAGCGCAGCGUCUUCCGCUGUAAUGUUUUUGGAGACAUUGGCAGUGGCAAGAGUGGCUUCCUACAAGCCUUUCUGGGUAGAAACCUCAUGCGCCAGAAGACCAUUAAAGAGGAGCACAGAUCCUACUAUGCCAUCAAUACAACCUAUGUUUACGGCCAGGAGAAAUACCUUCUUCUUCACGAAGUGUUUCCUGACUUCGACUACCUGUCUGACGCUGAUCUGGCCUGUGACAUCGUCUGCCUAGUCUAUGACGUCAGCAACCCUUACUCCUUUGAGUACUGCGCCAAGGUUUUCAAGCAAUACUUCAUGGACAGCAAGACGCCAUGUAUGAUGAUUGCAGCAAAGUCAGACCUGCCAGAGGUCAAGCAGAUGUAUGGCUGCAGUCCUCUGGAGUUCUGUCGGAGGCACAAGAUGCCCCCGCCUCAGUCUUUCACUUGUAACGCAGCCUCAGCACCCAACAGAGACAUCUACACCAAACUUACCACCAUGGCUAUGUAUCCCCACGCCCGGCUGCGCUGCAUGUGCACUUGUAACCGGUGCACAUUCUGCUUGUGUCAGAACUUCCUCAACUCUGAGCUGCUGCAGACGGUCAGGGCCAAACUCUACGCUGUCGUACUCCGAAGACACGUUAGCCAAGCGGACCUGAAGAGCUCGACUUUCUGGCUGAGAGCGAGCGUUGGAGCCACGGUGUUUGCAGUGCUGGGAUUCGCCAUGUACAGAGUGCUGCUCAAAACGCGGUGAUCCUUCAGCAUUCAGUCCAGCCCUCACUACCCGGGGUACAUAAAGGAUAAUUUGACCAGUUGGAAGUUUUGAUUUUCCUGAAUUAACUUUAUGGAAAAUCACUCAUAAUUGUGUUGUUUAAUACGCCCCGUUUAAAAAUAAGAGAGAGAUAUGUGCAAAUAAGCAGACAUUUAGUUUUUUUUGCAUUUUCAUUUCUCUGUUUCUCUUUGGGGACGAUGCAAAGAAAUAUUUAAUUUUCUACCAAAAUGCUAAUUUGCUCAAUCUGUCCUGUGCAAAUAAAGAUAAUAUAUUUAUAUGAAAAGAAACAAGGUUAAGCUGCUGGUUAGUCAUACUGAGUUACGUAAAAAGCAAUUUUUUUUGGUUGCUUGCUGAUUGAUAUGAUGAACAAUUUAGUGUCACAUUCAGUACAAUAAGGUUUGUGAUGUGUAACAUAUGCAAGUAAUUCUUUAGAAGAAGAUGUAAAUACUGUAUAUAGCGUAGACUGUGUGUACGUUUGAUUUGUUUGUGUCCAAAAGGCCACGUUUGAGUCACAUUUCAGCACUGACUGCAGAGCUAUUAACAGCACAAUCUUUCAUCAUUAUCACCUGGCAGAAAUUAGGAUUUCCUUUAAUGGCCAAAUGCCUGGAUGCACAUUAUUUUUUUUAUUUUAUUUUAUUUUUUAAAUGUUUGCUUUAUUUUUUUGUUGCUACCUGAGAGGAUCAAGAUUAUAUCAGUGGAAGUGAAUGUGUGAAACGAAAGGUCUGCUGCGCUCUCUCAUGUCUUCCUAUGUUGGUCACUUUCCAUUUGAUCUGUAUGUAUGCAAGUGUUUGUCAUAAAGUUUGCAUGCUUCAAACUUUCUGAUGACAGGUUCAGUGUUUUAAGAAUUACUGUAGCCCGACAUCUUCACAGCUUCUCCUCAUUGCUUGUAAAGUCCCCAAAAUCGAGGACUCACCGAUCUCUCCUGGUUACAAAAGGUGUAAUAAUUUUCUCUAGAUGCUCAUUUUCAACCAAAUGCAGCUACUUGCUUCACUGCUUGGUUUCUGUAUUCAUUCAUCCCUGCCUUUCCAAGAGUUUACAUUGAAUAAAUAUAUCUGAACAA